CCUGGACACGCCGGGAGAGCCCAUAAAAAAACAAACUUAUUUCCAAGCGAUCAAAUAUACCUCUGAAAAAGAACUAUGAGCAUGAAUUACCCAAGUGUGGCGCCAACGCAGAGGUCGACGUCCUUUUUUAUAGAAGACAUUUUAUUGCACAAGCCCAAGCCGCUGAGAGAAGUCAUCCCCUCGCCCUUCUGCGGCUCCUUGGCCUCUCGGAUGCCGAUCCUGGAGUAUGGAUACCCGCUGAUGCCCACGCCGAUACUGGCCCCGCAUCCGCACCAUCCGCUCCACAAGCCAGAGCAUCACCAGUACUUCUUCGCGUCUGGCAUGCAGAUACCGGGCUUGUUCCAGCACCACGCAGACUUACCGGGGAAGCACUGCAGACGCAGGAAGGCCAGGACGGUUUUCUCUGACUCGCAGCUUUCCGGCCUGGAGAAGAGGUUUGAAAUCCAGCGGUACUUGUCCACGCCGGAGAGAGUGGAGCUGGCAACCGCUCUCAGCCUUUCCGAGACGCAGGUGAAAACGUGGUUUCAGAACCGGCGGAUGAAGCACAAGAAGCAGGUGAGAAAAGCCCAGGACGAGCGCAAGACGAGCCCGGGAGAGAUGGACAGAUCCGCGGACAACUCCAGCGAGGGCGAAUCGGCGGAGAAGAGCGUGGAUGGUCUGAAAGGUCCACUGGAGGCGAACACUUACCUGCUGGACGAAAACGACGACGAUGUUGAUAUCGAGGAUGAUAUUUGCUCUCCGGAUCAUCUUUUAUAGUGCAGCUGCCGCCCCCCUACCCCCCUCCCGCAACCGCUCAUAUAGUAUAUUUUUGUAAAUAACGCUUUCUUUUACUGUAAUUAGAAAAUGUCUAUAAUGUUAAAAGAUGAUGUUGCUAUUUAUUCACACACCUGUUGAUAUGUUUGUGAUUGUUUUUUUCAUGUGUGUACAAAACACGAACAUAUUUAUAACAUGAUAUCGGCUAUCACUAUCACUUGGCUAACAUUUGUUAAUUGCAUCGCAG